AUGGAUGACCGCGACAGUGACUACCGCAGCGAGACCAGCAACAGCAUCCCGCCUCCUUUCUACACCACCUCCCAGCCCAACGCUUCAGUCCACCAAUACCCCAUGAGGCACCAGCAGAGAGCAGCCCGGGACUCUUACGCUGAUUCCAUGAAGGGCUACGACAUGGACUACUCUGACCAUCGCCCCAUGAGGUAGACUGGACAGAAGCUGGGGACCUUGCUGGGGAAAGGUGUGAGAAGCCUCCAUGGGGCAGGGGUGGGGUGGGGUGGGCCUGAUCCCAGCUGGGGAGCUUUGGCCAGAAGCGGACACCAGGUUGUUGGAAGGGUACCAGAAGCCAGGUCGGACUAGAUCGGACCAAAGGUUGAUCGAGCCCAGAGCUCUGUUUAAGGAUGCAGGCAGAUGGGCACCGCCACCAGAACAGAACCAAGCCUACGAAGAAUGCUCCUAUUUCUUCUUCUAUGGCGAUCCUUCUUCUUCCUCUUCCUCUUCCUCUUCUUCUUCUUCUUCUUCUUCUUCCCCCCUCCUCCUUCUCCUCCUCCUUCUCCUCCUCCUCCUCUUCUUCUUCCUCUUACUCCUCCCUCUUCCUCUUCCUCCUCCUCUUCUUCUUCCUCUUCUUCUUCUUCUUCCUCUUCUUCUUUGGCAAUCCUUCGUAGCCGAGUAAGAUUGUCUUCCAUAAACACGGUUUUAACAGUGAAUCCGUAAGUGACUGUGGAGGCCAAUUCUGGAUCCACAUGUCCUUCCACAGUGGGGACAUUGGUUUCCAGGCAGGAGUUGAUCCUGGUGAGGGUUUGCCAAGCGCGCCUUCCUCUUAGCAUGUUUCUCCCUCUCGUCCUGCGUUCGAGUGUCUUCAAAGCCUACUGGAAGGAUUUUUAAAAUUUUGUUUUGACUACGGCAGACCAACACGGCUGCCUACUUGUAACUUCAAAGCCUAUGACACCUUAAAAAGGUAAAGGGACCCCUGGCCAUUAGGUCCAGUCAUGGCCGACUCUGGGGUUGCGGCGCUCACCUCACUUUACUGGCCGAGGGAGCCGGUGUUCAGCUUCCAGGUCAUGUGGCCAGCAGGACUAAGCCGCUUCUGGCGAACCAGAGCAGCACACGGAAACGCCGUUUACCUUCCUGCCAGAGUGGUACCUAUUUAUCUACUUGCACUUUGACGUGCUUUCGAACUGCUAGGUUGGCAGGAGCAGGGACCAAACAACGGGAGCUCACCCUGUCAUUGCGGGGAUUCGAACCGCCGACCUUCUGAUCGGCAAGUCCUAGGCUUUGUGGUUUAAUCCACAGCUCCACCCGCGUCCCUCCCAUGACGCCUUAAGCUCAUAAUAAAAAGGUAAAGGUACCCCAGACCGUCAGUAGAGAUUCAGGAGGGACAAAAGGAAAAAGGAAGAGAGUUCACCUGCGGAACUCACUGCCACAGGAAAAGGCCAUCAUUGGCUUUUUGCCACGGUGCUGAUCCUUCCGCUGUUGGAAGGGAGUAAAUGCCCCCCGAAUAUCGCAAGUGGGGAGGGUGGGCUGUCGCUCUCAGCUCCUGCUUGUGGGCACCCGGUUGGCCACUGCAAGACUAGAUGGGCCUUUGCAGGUUCUUUUCUGAGGUUCUUAUAAGGCUACUAGUUCUGAUGGCUGUGCAGUGUCCCCAGUAGUCAACCCACGGAUACGAGUUUCUGGGAACCACAAGCGGAAAAGUUUGGAUCAGAUCAUACAGGUUUAAAAUCCCAUUGGCCACCAGAAGCCUGGGCUGGAUAAAUCUUUGGUCCAAUCGCAGCGGGGUCUCUUCCAACAGCCUUAUGUCCAGGCAGAUUUCGGUUAGAUCUGAAGAUCCUUUGGGUCGCUUCCUACGACGCUAAGACCAUUGGGGGUGUGUGGGGUUUUGUUUUGGGGGGAAGACUGUGGUUCAGGUAUAAGCUCAGCGCCCUCCAUCCCUCAAAACGUCACCGAACCGACCUCGCAAGCGCGCUACUGCCAGCUCUACCAUUCUGCGAUUCUAUUGGCCGCCUGAGAUUCCUGCCGUGUGGCAGGUUGGACUAGAUGACCCCAGGGUCCCUCUCCAAGUCUAUGAAUGUGUGUGCCUUUCCCUAUGCCUCUUCCCUCUCUCCUCCCCAAAGAAAUGGUCUUUGAACGUGACAGGGGAAGCUGGUCUUGUCUCUCUCUGACUUGUCAAAAUUCUGACCCUCUUCCUCUCCCCCUUCCCUGAUCCUCCGGCAGACGCUACGGUAGCGUAGACUCUGCCGCAAACGGACACAGCGACGCUGAGUCUGCUUCCGGCUCGAGCAGACACACGAGUCGCCAGCCCUCGCUCGAGAGCAGGCGCACCUUAGACCUAUCGGAUAGGUGGGUCUCUCUCUCUCUGUCUCUCUCUAUCUCUGUGUCUCUCGACGUGUGACUUUAUUAUUAUUAUUUUUGCAGAGUAACGUGGUUCUUUGGCGUUCUGCACCCUGGGUUAGGCUGGUAGCAUCCUUCCAGCUGUGGCCGACUCGACCCACCUGUGGGGAAGGGAGUUGUGAGUUGGGUGGUUGGGUGGAGAUGGUCAAAAGUGCCUGAUGAGAAACAGUUGAAGGAGCUGGGGAUGUUUAGCUUGGGAAAGAGGACAUAGGAGAGCCAUCUUCACAUAUCUCUGUCCCAUGGAAGAUGGAGCAAGCUGGUUUCCUCCCGCUCCGGGACGGUAGGACUCGAACCCGUGGCUUCGAGCGACGAGGAAGGAGAUCCAGAUGAAAACAUCAGGAGGAACUUUGCAACAGCAAGAGACAUACGGCAGUGAGAUGGAAGGGGAAUCACCUUUCUUGGAGUUUUUUUAAACAGAGGGUGGAUGGUCAGGGAUGCUUUAGCUGAAAUUCCUGCAUUUUGAGGGGGUUGUAGGAGAUGGGUUUUUCCUGUGCUACGAAGCCUAGGGACUUGUUUCCGCUUUGGAAACAGAACAUAGCUGUCAACUUUUCCCUUUUUAAAAGGGAAAUUGCCUUAUUCCGAAUAGGAUUCCUCGCAAGACGUAGUUGACAGCUAUGGCUGUCCGGAACUCCAAAACCCCGGGGAGAAAUUGGGCCAACUUCCCCAACUUUUUCUCUCUGCCUCGCCGUCCUCAAGGGAGCUUGUCCGUUUCCAAAAACCCCAAAGUCCCUGGAGGUAUCUGUGGGGUGGGCACCCUAAGCCCCCACCUAUGCCAAGCUGGAGACGUGGUUUCAGUCUAAUCCAGGAGUGUUCCCCACCGUAUCCUGUCUGCAUGUGCUUUCCCGUAGAACUCUGCGCUUGCUCAGAGAUGUUCUGGUGGUGACUGGUAGCUGUCGUGGGGGUUGCCGAAGGACUUUCGUCUUCCACCCACCGUGAAUCGUUGUGGCCCCUUCUUUUCCCCGCCUUCUGUGUGCUUCCUAGCCCUGGUCUCUAUGUUUCUUCCGCAAUAAGAUGUGUCCGGAAGCGGUGUCAAAGCGGUUUCGAAAAGGGAUUUGUGUAUCAGAAAUGAAAUACCGUAUUUUUCGCUCUAUAAGACACACCAGACCACAAGACUCACCUAGUUUUUAGAGGAGGAAAACAAGAAAAAAAUAUAUUCUGAAUCUCAGAAGCCAGAACAGCAAGAGGGAUCGCUGCACAGCGAAAGCAGCAAUCCCUCUUGCUGUUCUGGCUUCUGGGAUAGCUGCGCAGCCUGCAUUCGCUCCAUAAGACGCACACACAUUUCCCCUUACUUUUUAGGAGGGGAAAAGUGAGUCUUAUAGAGCAAAAAAUACGGUAGUUUGGCUCAGUCCCUCCCGCUAUGUCCUGAGGCGAUCGGAUGAAUUACGCCACUUCAGAACAGGCAUAGGAACCAACUCCUAGGGCCUGAGGGGUCUUCACCCCCCCAAAAAAUUAAAAAUUUGAGGGGGCAGGCCCCUCCUAAAGUUAAUGGGCAUUGCCAUUUGAAUGGUGUCAUAUGAUCGAUUACGCGGAGCAGGACUUACUUGCCCCCCCCAAUAUUUUUAUUCAAGUUGGCCCCCCUGAGAACGAGGGUGCAUGUUAAAAAUGGAGCGAGCCCCUUUUUUCCUUGACAGGCUAGCUUUCCAUGUGCAGGGAGUUGUCCUUUUGUAUAUGAUCGUAGCUGUCAACGUUUCCCAUUUUUUAAAAGGAAAUCCCCUUAUUCCGAAUAGGAUUCCUCGCAAAAGAAAAGGGGAAAGUUGACAGCUAUGAUAUAAUAAUAAUAAUAAUAAUAAUAAUAGGAGAGGGCGGUGUUUGUGGUCCCAUGGCUCUGUGUUCCCUGGCUGCUGUCUCUUAAUGUGUGUGUGUGUGUGUUUGUGUGAUUCAUCGCUGCUAAUGGCUUGGGUGGGGGGAAAAUCUGUGGGGCCAGAAGGAGUUGGAGGAGGUAGGUACAGAGAAUGGGGUUUGGGCCAAUGGGGAGAGGCGGGGAGCAGGUCUGGCCAUUUGAGAUGUCCAACGGCAGCAAAACAGCCCAUGGAGGGCGUUCCACAGGGCGGGUGCCACCACCGAGAAGGCCCUCUGCCUGGUUCCCUGUAACCUCAGUUCUCGCGGGGAGGGAACCGCCAGAAGGCCCUCGGAGCUGAACCUCAGAUGAUUAGAAUCUGGCAGCCACGUCCCCACAUCCUGACCUUAAGAUAGGUUGCUCUCCUCUUAAAACAGCAGACCCGUUCCUCACAGACGCUCCCUGUUUCCUAAGUGCGUUAACUUGACCUCUUAAAUCUCCACGGACACCCAAAUUUGUUCUGGGAGCAUGUGUUGAUUUUUAUAACCCUGGUCGUUUGAAGUGCCUGGUCGUUUAGACAAGAGGCUUAGAAACCUGAGGCAGUUUUAAUCUGCGUUCGUAUUUUAACUUCCGUGUGUUUUAAAGCAAAAUGGUGCCUUGGUUCUCAAACGCCUUUGAUAUUCAAACAACUUGGAACCCAAAGACUGAAAACCCGGAAGUUAAGUGUCCCAGUUUGCGAACUCUUUUCGGAAGCCGAACGUGCUCCGUUUUGAGUGUCACGCUUCCGAUUUGAGUGUUACGCUGAGGUCUGUCUGUUUUUGCUCUUUAUUUUGCGUUUUUGUGGCUUUUUUGUGACUGUGUGGAAACCAGUUCAGCUACUGAUGGACUGAUGGAUUGUGUGACCGCAGUACAUUGUUUAUUGCUUUCGUUUCAUGGAUCGAUGGCUAAAAUGACCAGAAAAGUCAGAAAUCAGGAAGACCAAAAUUUUAACACGGAAUGGGGGGAAAUUAUAUCUUAAAGACCUAUGUAAACAGUUAAAGUUGUUAGUAGGAUUGGAAUAGCACUUGUAGUUUAAGGCUGAUUCGGGACAUAAUGGAAGAAGUAAUAGGUUUAUUAUUAAACAAUUAUUAUUAAACGAUAAGAUUAUUAAACGGUUAUUAUUAAAUGAUAGCAUUAUCGUAAAAGAUGCGGGAGGAAAGGAUUAAUAAUAGGACCCACGUAGUGGAGGACGCAAGUCCAGAAGAUUCCUUCGAAUCUUGUUUUUACCAUUUAUGUCUGAUAUACAGCCGUACCUUAGAUCCCAAACGCCUUACAAGUAGAACGUUUUGGCUCCCUCACACCGCAAACCUGGAAGUGAUUGUUCUGGUUUGUGAAUGUGCUUUGGAACCCGAACGUCCUCCGCGGCUUCCGAUUGGCUGUGGGAGCUUCCUGCAGCCAAUCGGAAGCUGCCCCUUGGUUUCUGAACAUUUUGUAAGCUGGGCGGACUUCCGGAACAGUUCCAGUUCGACUUCCGAGGUUCCCGCUGUAUCUCUGUCAAAUUUUAAGUUGAACAAUCAAAUACCGUAUUUCUCGCUCUAUAAGAUGCACCAGACCACAAGACGCACCUAGUUUUUGGAGAAGGAAAACAAGAAAAAAAAUAUUCUGAAUCUCAGAAGCCAGAACAGCAAGAGGGAUCGCUGCGCAGCGAAAGCAGCAAUCCCUCUUGCUGUACUGGCUUCUGGGAUAGCUGCGCAGCCUGCAUUCGCUCCCUAAGACGCACACACAUUUCCCCUUACUUUUUAGGAGGGAAAAAGUGAGUCUUAUAGAGCAAAAAAUACGGUAAAUUUGAUAUACGGUAAAAGAAUAAACCUAAUGUCCAUAUGCCUCUUCAGAACAUAGGAAGCUGCCCUAGAGCAAAUCAGACAGCUGGGUCCAUCUAGCUAAUGCUGCCUGCACUGACUGGAAGCAGCUCUCUCUCCCAAUGCUCUCCGGGGAGGGGAGGGGUUUGAAUGUGGGGUUUUCUGCUUGCGAGGCCGUUCCCUUGCUAAGCCGCUCUGUCUGUCUCUCCCCGCUUGGUUUCUCUAACCCCGACGCACCAUUGCAGCCCCACGGGGAGCAGCCGCUACGCCUCGUCGGCGGAGCUGAGCCAGGGCAGCUCUCAGCUGAGCGAUGACUUCGACCCCGACGACAUCAGCCUGGACGAGCGGGACGGGGACUCGUACCACUCCUGCCACAGCUCGGUCAGCUACCACAAGGACUCGCCGCGCUGGGACGAGGACGAAGACGACCUCUACUUAGAUGAGGACGAGUUCAACGAGGAAUACAGCGACAAUGAGGAGUACUACCCCGAGGACAAGGUGGGGGGACUCGAACCCGAUACCUACCCGGAGGACGCCUACCCGCAGCAAGAGCAGCAGCAGCAGAAGGGCCAGCCGCCGCAGCCACAGCCGCCGCAAGGCGCGCCGUCCCAGCAGAAGCCACUACAGGCACAACAGCAGCAGCAACAGCCACUACAAGCACAGCAGCAGCAGCAGCAACAGAAGCCACUACAGGCGCAGCAGCAACAACAACAGAAGCCACUACAGGCGCAGCAGCAGCAACAGCAGAAGCCAUUACAGGCACAGCAGCAGCAACAGCAGAAGCCACUACAGGCACAGCAGCAGCAGCAACAGCAGAAGCCACUACAGGCACAGCAGCAGCAACAGCAGAAGCCACUACAGGCACAGCAGCAACAGCAACAGCAGAAGCCACUACAGGCGCAGCAACAGCAACAGCAAAAGCCACUACAGGCGCAGCAACAGCAACAGCAGAAGCCACAACAAGCACAGCAGCAGCAAAAAGCAGAGCAGCAGCCGGCUGCGCCGCAGUCGUUGCAGCCGCCGCAGCAGCCGCAACAGCAGCGGAAGGUGCCGGAAGAGACGGCGGAAGAGCUUCUGGCAGGCCAGCAGAAGGAGGCGCCGGCAGAAGAGGCCCCCGCCCCGGAGGAAGCCCCCCAGGAGGAAGAACCCCCCAAGGAAGAGGAGAGGUAAGAGACGAGGGUGGAAAUGGGCGGGGAGGUUUGCGGUGGCUGGAAACGACUUGCUGGAGCGAUGGAGGCAGCAGCGCUUCUGGGGAGCAGUUGCCGGAAACCCCAAGGGGGCAGGAAGCUCCUGUUUUGGAGGUUUCCAUUUAUUUAUUUAUUUAUUUAUUUAUUUAUUUAUUUAUUUAUACCCCGCCUAUCUGGGUUUCCCCAGCCACUCUGGGCGGCUUCCAGCAAAACACUAAAAUACAAUAACCUAUUAAACAUUAAAAGCUUCCCUAAAUAGGGCUGCCUUCAGAUGUCUUCUAAAAGUCUGGUAGUUGUUGUUCUCUUUGACAUCUGGUGGGAGGGCAGGCGCCACCACCAAGAAGGCCCUCUGUCUGGUUCCCAGUAACCUCACUUCUUGCAGGGAGGGAACCGCCAGAAGACCCUUGGAGCUGGACCUCAGUGUCCAGGCAGAACGAUGAGGGUGGAGACGCUCCUUCGGGGAUACUGGGCCGUUUAGGGCUUUGAAGGUCAGCCCCAACACUUUGAAUUGUGCUCGGAAACGUCCUGGGAGCCAGUGUAGGUCUUUCCCAUUGGAGUACGUCUGGAAUCAGCCAGGACGGGCACGGGUCGAGAGGACAGGUGGUGAGCUUUCCAGCUCGGAGGAGUCUGUCCACAUUGGCUGGGGAUAUCCGGUCAAAGUGGUCCAAUACUGGACCCGAAGACAAUCGAGGGAACUUCUGGGGAACUUUCAGAGGGGGCUCCCCACAUGCGAGCGGUGGACGGGGCCAGAAGCAAAAGUCGGCGGGGUUUGGUUUUGACACGGUUAUAUAUCAUUCAGCGAGUUGCCUCUGUUCGUUUCGGCUGCAGGGAGAAGGUCGAGGCAGAACCGGUCGACCCGAAAGCCCGAGCGAAGGCGAAUUGGCUGCGAGCUUUCAACAAAGUAUGCAUGCAACUUCAGGAGGUAAGCGCGUCUGGUCACUCCCCCUCGUCGCCCAUAUUCAAAUGCAGUCGAUUUAGGCUCCUCCCCCUGGCCGUAAAGCCCCGCCUCCUUCCCCAGCUGCACCGAACUCCCUCCCACCACAGGCGCUUCCGAAAUUCUCUGCAGAUUCGAGAAUUCUUUUUUCAAAAGAUUUAUUCGUUUGGUUUCGUCGGAUUGCAAUUUUACAGCCGUAAAUCGAAGGCGGGACAUAAAAACGCGACUCCAAGGAAUCUCUUUGGCUUUCUUCCUCCCCUUUGUGGGUCCCAUUAUUAACCAUUUCCUCCUGACGAUCCAAAUCUUUUACACCUCCAGAUUUGAGAGUUCCUACUUGAGCUGUUUUUGCUUACAGAAAUGGGAGGCGGUGCGUUGGGAAUUUACUUUUGUGAUAUUCUGCAAAUUUGCGUCUGCCUGCUUAAUUUUCUGAAUUAAAUAAAUUAAAUCCUGAGAGCGGGAUGCUGCGAUAGACGAGCCAUUGGUCUCAUCCGGCAGGCUCUUACGAUGUCCUUAGUCUUGCGUGCAGUGCAGUCCGGGACAGCUUUAGAUUCCUUUCGUUCACCCCGAGGGCUGUGUUGCCUGCUGGGUGAGCUUCUGAGGCAGGGAGGUCAACAGUAGGGGGCGCCAGAGCCAACGAGAGGCAACAGCCAACCACCCAUCAUCACCUUCCUUCCUGUUGGAUUCUGGAAAGGCAACAGUGAGACUAAGGAGGAGAAGGAAACUCCUAGAGCCAGGAUCUCCCUCUGGGCUUGCCCGUAAGUAAGGAGGCAGGCAGGUUGUGGAGCAAGCCAUUGUGUCCACAACGAAAAGCAUUGUGUUGACUGGGCUUGACCCAUCUGACAUCAUUCCUCAUAGCAAUCCCACCUGAUCACCACAGUGGGAAUGUUCAGGGUGGCAGGAGAGGAUAUAUUGUUUAUUCAUAUCCUUCCUAACUUGCGCUAGCAAGUUCCUUUACUUGGAAGAGUUACAUUCCACUUUUUACACGCACAGCAGAGAGAUGGUCGCAGGCUCGUGUGCGCCUCUCACUAUUAUACAGUUCAGUCAGAAGUUUACUCACACGUUCAGUUCACAGAUGGAUCCCUGAAGGCAGACUUAGUUACAAAGUAUAUACAUGUGGAUCUACCCCAUAUGGGGGGAUACAUUCCCCUUUUACAUGCACAGCAGAUGGCUGGUCGCAGGCUCGUGUGAGCCUCUCACUAUUGUACAAUUCAGUCUGUCUCAGAUUGAAUUGUACGUCCCUGGAAAGUUCCCUUGAAUCCCUCUUAAAAGAAUAAAGACGCCACAAUCUUCUUCAAAGUCAAUAGAAGAACUUUACUCACAUCAGUUCACAGUUGGAUUCCCAAAGGCAGACUUAGUUACGAAUACGUACAUGUGAAUCUACUCCAUAUGGGGGAAUAAUCCCAGUGCUUCUGCUAGCUGAGAGCUAGCAGAGCAGUCCUAGCUAAAAGCUGGUCAAACGAAGAAGGAAGUCAAAAAGAGAGAGGUGUGCUGCGUGACUUGUCCUUUUGUUACCUGGACAGGUGAGGUCACACCCACCUUCUGUCACAUGCAAAAGGAAGGAUGCUCCAGCCAGGAGGAACAGGAAGUUUCGACUGGCUGGACCAGACAUUCCCUCGCAUGUCUUCUCUAGCAUUACAAGGAAUGUUGUACUCGACUGCUCCCAGUGGAUUACAGUGGUACCCCGCAAGACGAACGCCUCGCAAGACGGAAAACCCGCUAGACGAAAGGGUUUUCCGUUUUGGAGGCGCUUCGCAAAACGAAUUUCCCUAUGGGCUUGCUUCGCAAGACGACAGCCCAUAGGAAAUCUCAGGGACAGCGGGGAAGCGCAGCGCGUCUUCCCACUGUCCUCGGACCUCCUCCGAAGCCUGGCGGCGGGGCGGGGACACCUCCUCCCGCCGCCGCCGGGCUUCGGAAGGCUCCUCCGGCCGGGCGGGGGGAGGGAACACCUGCCGCCGCCGCCCGGCUUCGGAACCGUGCUCCGGCCGGGCGGUGGGGAGGAAGACCUCCCCGCCGCCCGGCUCGGAACGGUGCUCCGGCCGGGCGGGGGAGGGAACACUCCGCCGCCGCCCGGCUCGGAACGGUGCUCCGGCCGGGCGGGGGAGGGAAGACCUCCGCCGCCGCCCGGCUUCGGGAACGGUGCUCCGGGCCGGGCGGGGGAGGGAAGACCUUCUGAAGGCGGGCGGGGGCGAAAGUCUUUGCUCCCCCUGCCUGCCUGUCCCGGAGGGCUUUGAAGGCGGGGGAGCAAGACUUCGCCCCGCCCGCCUUCAGAAGAGGUCCAGGACCUCUUCUGAAGGCUGGCGGGGGCAAAGUCUUUGUCCCCCUGCCUGCCUUCCCAGGGGCUUUUAAAUUGCCCCGGACAGCGGAGAAGUCCUCCGCUGUCCCGGGUGAUUUUAAAAUGCCGCCCGCCAGCAUUUUAAGAUCGCCUGGACAGCGGAGAAGUCCUCCGCUGUCCCGGGCUUUUAAAAUGCUGGGGGUGGGAAGAAAGCCCUUGCUCUCUCCAGCCUUCAGAAGAGGUCCGGGGACAGACUGUCCCCGGACCUGGUCUGAAGGCGGUUUCCCUAGGAACGCAUUAAUUGAUUUUCAAUGCAUUCCUAUGGGAAACCGUGCAUCGCAAGACGAAAAACUCGCAAGACGAAGAGACUUGCGGAACGAAUUAAUUUCGUCUUGCGAGGCACCACUGUACAUCCCACACAGGUGGGGGCUGGUGGAGGGCAGGCUGAGGUUGGGUGGUAAAGGUAAAGGUACCCCUAACAGUUAGGUCCCGUCGUGGCCGACUCUGGGGUUGCGGCGCUCUUCUCACUUUACUGGCCGAAGGAGCCGGCAUACAGCUUCUGGGUCAUGUGGCCAGCAGGGCUAAGCCGCUUCUGGCGAACCAGAGCAGCACAUGGAAACGCCAUUUACCUUCCCACCGGAGUGGUACCUAUUUAUCUACUUGCACUCUGACGUGCUUUCAAACUGCUAGGUUGGCAGGAGCAGGGACCGAGCAACGGGAGCUCACCCCGUCAUGGGAUUCGAACUGCCGACCUUCUGAUCGGCAAGCCCUAGGCUCUGUGGUAUAACCCACAGUGCCACCCGCGUCCCUGGUGAGGUUGGGGGGGGCGUGCCCCCAAUUUAUCCUAAUGGACCACCCUGCACUGCACUCACAUCUCCAUUCCAUGUCUCACCAGAGUGUCCAUAUUUAAGUUUGUACCUUCCUCCCAUCCCUCUUGGGUCCAUUUGUUGAGUUUUGACCGUACCUAUAAUUUUUGUUUUGUUUUGUUUUGGUUGUAGAGUCCACCCGCCAUCUUUUUCUUCUUCAUUUUCUUUUGGCCCCAAAGCUGCCCCCACUUGGGGGCACCCUCACUUUUCAGUUUGCUCAGAGCCACUGCCAUCUUUGUGUCUCCGUCGCUCUCGGUCUCCCUCUGGGAUUGCAGGUAAGAGUUUCCUCAAGCGCCGCCAGAGGUCCUCUGAAUAUCUCCCCAAAACAGCUUCCUACAUGUAUCCAGCGCCAUGAGGACUAGAAACCUAGGUUGCGUUGUUGUAAAUAAAAAAAUUGCCCUUUUCCCUUAUGGGGUAUCCAAGAGCCCAUAUAGAGUCCUUACAUAGGUUCCCUAUUGGUAGGAGAAAAUAACAGAGGCCAAGCAGAGAAUAUUGAGAAGCAAAGCAGCUAGUAAGCUUGAUCUUUAUUGAUCUGUUGCAACAGGGUGCUCCCCUCACACGCAGGAGAGGAGGAGGAACCCAGAAAAAUGGCAUGCAAGGCCUUAUAAAGACUUUUGAAAUUGCCACCCUGUAGAUCCAGACCACCCCCAGAAACAUCAUACAUACAUCACAGAAAGGGGUGUAACCUAAGACCACCCCUCAGAUACAUCACACCGACAUCACAGAAAAGGUGGUCUAAAAACAGAAAUUUUGAAUGUUGUUUUUCUCCUGUCCUUGUUUAUCUGGCAGGUUACUUGACUGGAUUGGCUGGGGAGCCUGACCAGUCUUUUGUAGUGAUAAAUACUUAGUUCCUGGGCCAGGUCACAGGCUCACACCCUAUUCAAACACAGACAUACCCUUAAGACAGGAUUGGUGAAGGAAAAGACAAUGGGGAGGCUUUUCCACUUUGACCUUGCAGAGAAAACAUUUGCUCAGUUUAGGAAUCAAAAUGGCUUCAGGUCGGUCUUCCUGUGCUGAUCUAGGUACAUGCUUGGUUGGUACACUUAUGAACAUUUCCAUAUAUCUAAGACCUCAAAAUUCCUAUCACAGCGUGUAGGGUAGAGGCCAUCACUCCUUGUUAGAGCAUCUUUUCCCAGUGUGCCAAGUCCCACGUUCGGCCUCUGGCAGCUUUGAAAUGCUCCAGAAUCAAGCCCUUGAGAACUUCUGCCCAUCUGUGUGGACAAAACCAAGCUAGAUGUUCUUCAUGAAUGGAGCCAGUGUUGUAGGCCGGGGCGGAGAAUCAGCGACCCUCUAGAUCACAGGUUCCCAAACUUAUUUGGCCAGAGUGGUGCAUGCUCUGGUUAUCUCCCGCUUGGACUACUGCCAUGCGCUCUACGUGGGGCUACCUUUGAAGGGGACCCGGAAACUACAACUAAUCCAGAAUGUGGCAGCGGGACUGGUGACUGGGAGCAGCCGCCGAGACCAUAUAGUCCUGAAAGACCUACAUUGGCUCCCAGGACGUUUCUGAACACAAUUCAGAGUGUUGGUGCUGACCUUGAAAGCCCUAAAUGGCCCAGUAUCCCUGAAGGAGUGUCUCCACCCCCAUCACUCAGCCCGGACACCUGGGUCCAUCUCCCGAGGGCCUUCUGGUGGUUCCCUCCCUGCGAGAAGUGAAGUUACAGGGAACCAGGCAGAGGGCCUUCUAGGUGGUGGCGCCCGCCCUGUGGAACACCCUCCCUUCAGAUGUCAAGGAAAUAAACAACUAUCUAACUUUUAGAAGACAUCUGAAGGCAGCCCUGUUUAGGAAUGAACUCUGGUGGGGGGAUCGCGCGCGGAGAAAUGUCUCCUAGGAUCAAAACGCUACCAGAGAGAAUAACUGAUCCUUUCUAUUUCACAGGCUCGGGGCGAAGGAGCCGGAGAAUCGAAAUCCCUGUGGUUUAAAGGCGGGUGAGUUGCCGUCUCUGAAUGCCGUCUCAAAUUCAAAAUGCCUUUCUAUGGGUCUCAGGUGGCUGUGAUUGAUUGAUCUCGAAUUCUCUUAUCUCCAUCUCUGACCCCAGAUUCCCUUCCUUUCUUAACCCUUAAAUUCGCUCACCUUCUUAAUUGGGUAACUGGUGCCCGCUACCUUAAUUUCCCAUAGCCACCUCCAAAUGCAUGGACAGAUUUGCAAAUCUGUUUGUUGUUGUUGUUGUUUAAAAAUCUGAUUUUAAUAUUGCAUUUUAAUGCUUUUGGAAUCCGCCCUUCCCGGAAAAGGGCAGGUAAGAGAAAACGAUGAACGAUGGUUGCAAUGGAUGGCUCUAACAAAUAAAGUUAAUAACUGUUAAUGGUUUGAUAUAUAAUUAAGAUGCUUAAUCAGGAUCAAUGCUGAUAACUUUUGAGAUUUGUUAAUGAGCGAAGUUAGCAUAUGGACAUUUGAUGCGAAUUGGUGUUCUGAGUCCGUUAAGCACGCAGCAAUUCUCCUCUCCCCCUCUCCCUCCCCUCCUCUUUCCUCCCCCUCCCCCUCCCCUUUCCUCCUCCCCUCCCCUCCCCUCCCCUCCCCUCCUCCCCUCCUCCCCUCCCUCUCCCCCCUCCCCUCCUCCCCUCUCCCCUCCUCUCCCCCUCUCCCCCUCUCCCCUCCCCCUCCCCUGCCCUCUUCUCUCUCCUUUCUCCUUCCCUCACUAUCCUCUCUCUCCCCCCCCCAACCCAAUAUUCCCUUUCUCCUCUCGUCCUGUGCUGACUGUUUCUGUCUUUUUUCCAGACCGGGCGGUGGGCUCAUCAUAAUUGAUAGCAUGCCUGAUAUUCGCAAAAGGAAACCCAUCCCCCUAGUUAGCGAUUUGGUGAGGUUUCUCUUAACGUUUUCCCUCCUAUUUCCAUUUCUCUCUCUCUCUCUCUUUCUUUCCUUCUCUCUCUCUGGCAGCUGCUAGCUUUACCUUCUCUGGACACGCCGCUGGAAUUCUGCCGUGUCUCACUCUGGAGCCGGGGUAAAGGAGUGGCAAAGCCAUACCUUGCAGACAGUUCUUUUAACUGA